UAAAAAAUAAUUUUUGCUACGGUCCACAGUAAUUUCAGCAUUUUCUAGAUUUAAAAGAAACCAAACAAAGUUAAACUUUCAGAAGGUUAUUCUUGAUUAACGGAGAGAAUUCGCUGAAUAAUGGAUCAGGAUAACAGUUCUGAGACAGAGAGUGAGAUUUCCCCAGCGUGCUUAGUCCUACCUGUCAACCCGCUGCCAUCAUCAUCAGGUAAGACAUCAAAACGCGAAACUGGAAAUAAUAGGAAACAACUAAAUGAUUUGUCUGAUUUUCCAGAAUGCAGUGACUCCAAACAAGGGAUAAUGGAGAGCAAUGACGACAUGGGGAGUGACCUACAUGAACCAUCAGAGCCCCAGCCAGAAGAUAAACAUCUGUCGCCAACAAAAGUUCAUUGUGAAGAGCCUAUUAUUGAUCCAGUGACGCAGUCUUGGUUCACCAGUAGAGACUCCAAAGACAACUUGUCAAAGAAAGGUCAUAAAUGGAAGCAGGGUAUGUGGUCCAAGGAGGAAGUGGACAUCUUAGAAAGAAACAUUGAGGAAUAUCUUAAGAUCCGUAAACUUGGUGAUGCGGUGUCAGUGAUUUUCCAGAUGAGCAAAGAGGAGAGGAAAGACUUUUAUCGAUUCAUCGCUAAGGGUCUCCAAAGACCACUCUUCGCUGUCUACAGACGAGUCAUACGCAUGUAUGACUCUAAAAACCAUGUUGGCAAGUACACACCUGAAGAUAUCCAGAAAUUGAAAGAGCUGCGAGUCAAAUAUGGUAAUGAAUGGUGUGCAAUAGGAGCCGAGAUGGGACGCAGUGCUGCAUCUGUCAAGGACAAAGUUCGACUGCUCAAAGAUCGCUGCCACCAAGGCAAAUGGACAAUCAACGAAGAGCAGAUGUUAUCCGAAGCAGUGUAUUCAAUGUCCAAAGCGGCUCCAGGCGAGAACAUCACCACAGGUAUAUCAUGGUCACAGGUGGCUGCCAAGGUGCCGACUAGGACAGAGAAGCAGUGCAGGGCCAAGUGGCUGAAUUACCUCAAUUGGAAACACUCUGGAGGUACAGAGUGGACUAAGGAAGAUGAUAACAUACUACUGGAUAGGUUGGCUGAUACCGGUGCCCAGAAUGACAGUCAAGUAAACUGGGAGGAGCUUGCUAAGAACUGGAGCAGCGUGCGCUCACCGCAAUGGCUGCGAUCCAAGUGGUGGAUGUUGAAGAGACACAUACCAGGCCAUGACGUAAUGAGCCUCAACACAUUAAUUGAGCAUUUAAAUACCCAACCAGUCGGCACAAAACUUCUCAAGUCACCACGAGGACCUAAACGAAUGUCCAGUGAGGUCAAUAUGCCUGUCACCACUCUGACCGUACCGUUAGGAACUACAGCUGAGCAAAUGGGAGUGUACCAGUAUGAGGUUCUAGACACACCAAUGGGUCUGGCACCAGCUAAUACAUACCUCAUACACAGUGCAACUAACCAGGGAGACCCAGGUACCAGCGCAGAUAGCUACAUUGUGACUACUAUGCAGGGUGAGCAUCUUCAGAGUAACGAGAAUGUUACUGUUCAUUUGAACCGCUCCCUCCUUCCCUCCACGGGUCAGAUCAUCAUCUCUGCAAUCUCUAAGAACCCCGUCAUAUCCGCCCAGGCCUUUGCAAGCAGAGAGUAUGGAGCUAUGCCUGCAGUUAAGAGGAGACAGUUGACAGCAUUGACCAGCGAUGCAGGAGAAGGUACAGAUUUCUUCAUCAUAUCAUAAAUGGUUGGCCAUAAAAUUGGCUUGAACGUGGAAGAUUUUAGGGGAUGAUGUUGGCUCAUUGGUUUCUUUCCCUGCUUUUCACCUAUGUGGACCCUUGUUCGAUUCCAACCACAGACCAGACCCUUUCAUGUGGAUUUUAUUAACUACCAGAUUCCAUUGGGGUUUUCCUCCCACAUCUAAAACUGGA